AUGCCGUUCAGCCGCGCCGGUGGCAUGGUUGAAGAAGCCUUUGAUGCCAUCCGGCAGGUCUUGACUUACGGCUUGCAACCACUCAUAUGCCGUCAAUACUCUGCCGCACUGGCACAAGCUGCGUUGGAGGAGAGCAAAGGCAGGAAUAUCUCGUCCAAGCUGAUCUCAUCCAUUAACGCUAUACCAUGCCUCAUUUACGCAGUAGCCUUCUGGGCAGGAUCCAUCUACACGAUGCAGAGAGACUUCUGCUGCAACACGAAGCCGUGGAAACCGCUCGAACGGCUAAGGCGCACGAGUUCAUUGAGAGUUUUCCGGAAGGGUACCAGGUUUACAAUUCUCCAGCGGCCAACCACAGCAGCUGGUAAUUGCUCGUACCUAGCUCGGGAUCCCGAGAUACUCGGUUUCGAUGAGGCCACCUGUGCGCUGGAUUCGUUCUCUGAAAAGGCCGCUCAGGCCGCUAUAAAUGCUGCAACGAAGCAAUGCACGACUAUCGUCAUCGCACACAGAUUGUGGCCGAUCACUAACGCCGACAAUAUCGUGGUCAUGGCCGAGUGA